ACUGGCUGCACACUGACAGAAAUUACUCAAAAUUUGAAAUAUUACCGCUGGAAAAAACAAAUGAAAAGAGCCUGCCGUGAUAUCUGUCACCGCGACAGAUAAACAAGUUUCGACCGCCGUAUUUUCAAAAGGGAUGGAAUUUCAUUCGAAACACCGAAAAUUAUGCAAAACUAAAAAUUCUGUUCGUACUCCUGCAGUCUCAAAGCCACGACUAAGCAAGAAGAAGGUAGUUCUACGGAAGCGGAAAUGCGUGUGUUUGCCAGAAAAUUAUUCAGUAGUAGAGUUCCCUGCAAUUUGGAAUGAGCUGCGCCAGAAUGGGCAGCUUUGCGACGGCACCAUCAUGUGCCGGGACAUGAAAUCAAUACGCGUGCACCGAGCCAUUCUAUCAGCCGUUAGUCCCUACUUCAAAGCGUUAUUUAUAAAUUCCCUUAAGAAGGGAGAGCAAGAAGAAACGGAAAUUUUCGUAGACGUUCCUAGCAUUUACAUGUCUCUUAUACUAGACUACGCUUACACAGGGACUUGUACAGUAACCGUAGAAAAUGUGGAGCACUUACUUCCAUAUGCGGACCAAUUUGACGUCGUUGGGGUUAUUCAGUUAUGCUGCCAGUUCCUAUUGCACGAGUUGAGACCUCACAACUGCCUUGGGAUAUUCAAAUUCGCUAAAUAUUACUUCUGCGGUGAAUUAGAGAAGAAAGGAAAGUUGUAUAUAAGGCAGAACUUUAAUAGAGUACUUAAGGAGUGUAAUGAAUUUAAGUCGCUUUCGUUCGAAGAGUUAGAGGACAUAUUGAGAGAUGACGAGUUGAACGUUCGAAACGAGGAGAUUGUGUUUCAAGCGGUGAAGACUUGGGUGGAGCACGAUUUGGAGAACAGACGAAAGCACAUUCCGUCGUUACUGUCUUGUAUUAGAUUCGGCCAUAUAAGCUAUAAUUAUUUUAAAUCGAAAAUAUUGCAAUGGCAGCCAGUUAUUGACGAUGACAAAUGUCAGGAGUCGCUGUACCCCGCCGUAGUGUUUCUCACCGUGUUGGACUCCCGACCGGGGGCCGAAGCAGACUUGAACGACCCGUUGGCGAGACCUCGCAUCCCAUAUGAGGUCCUUUUUGCAGUGGGAGGUUGGAGCGCCGGAAGCCCUACGAGUUUUGUGGAGACUUACGACACAAGGGCUGACCGCUGGUUCCUCUCGAUCCACAUGGACCUCACACCGCGCGCGUACCACGGUCUCUGCACGCUCAACAACCUGAUUUACAUGAUUGGCGGCUUCGAUGGCAGUGACCACUUCAACACGGUCCGGUGUUAUGAUCCCGUGGCCAAUACGUGGCAUGAGCGGGCCUGCAUGUAUCAGGCGAGGUGUUACGUCAGCGUGGUCGCGCAUGAUGGCCUUAUCUACGCCCUCGGGGGCUACAACGGGCGCACGCGCAUGGCGUCCGUCGAACGAUACUACCCCGACAAAAACCAGUGGGAGAUGACCACCCCCAUGAACAAGCAGCGGUCAGACGCCAGCGCCGCCUCUUUGGGCGGUAAGAUCUACAUAGUAGGUGGUUUCAACGGGCAAGAAGUCCUCAGUUCGGCCGAGAUGUUUGACCCGGACACCCGACAAUGGACUCUUAUACGGCCCAUGCUGAGUCCCCGCUCCGGCGUCAGCCUGAUCGCGUAUCGGGACUGUCUGUAUGCCCUGGGAGGAUUUAAUGGCUACAGCAGACUGAAUACGGUGGAACGCCUGAACCCACACCCCGGCAGCGACUGGCUGUCCGACUGGCAGGAGGUGACGGAGAUGUUCAGCGCGAGGAGCAACUUCGCUACGGUUCUACUAGACGAUAUGAUCUUCGUCAUCGGUGGAUUUAAUGGUUCAACCACCAUCCCUCACGUGGAAUGCUACGACGGUGACACCCACGAGUGGUACGACGCGGCUCCCAUGAACCUCAAUCGCUCUGCUUUAAGCGCCUGUGUGAUAGCCGGCCUGCCUAACGCCCGAUCUUUCUCUUACCUGGCUAAAGCUGUGCCAGCGGCAGGGGCAGACCAGGCACACCAUUCUUAAACAGCAAUACCAAUUGGCGGCUGAAGUCAUAUUCAUAUCCCUUUCAUGCUUGUUCAGACCCAGCGCUAUUGAGAGGGAUGGCAUUAUAACUUCAGUCGCCACA